UACUGGACCCCUGCUGCUCCAGCUGUUACUCAGGAAACAAAGGACGACUAUCAGUCUGAUGGCGGCUCUGUCUGAGAACCUGCUGACAGUCAACAUGUUACUGAGUGUCUUCUUUCUUCCAGGUGAUUUGGCUGCUUGUCCCAAUCCUUUCCUCUUUGUCAAUGUGCCUCGUCAGACGGAAGCACUGAGUGGGUCUUGUCUGCAAAUCCCAUGUAGCUUCAAAGUAACGCAUGGCGACUAUGACGCCACUAAAGCGAUCCUUGGAAUUUGGUUUAAAAAUACCACAGUUAUCACCUCCAAACCAGACCCUCUUAUUUUCAAAAGCGAUGGAUCAGUUAAUAAGUAUUCACUGAACAUGAUUGGAAACAUGACUGAGGAAAACUGCACCACUGUGUUUCCUGCUUUAAACACCAGUUAUACUGACACAUACUUCCUCCGCAUUGAAAACGGGAAAUUCAAAGCAAACGCUGUUUGUGAAACUCUUCAUAUAACAGUAAAAGAUUCUCCUCAGAGUCCCAGCAUCAAUGUUCCCUCUGACCUGAAGGAGCAUCAGUCUGUCACUGUAACCUGCUCAGUUUUCACUCCCUGUCCAAACUCACCUCCUGAACUCACC